AAAUGAAAAGAGGCAUUAGGUAAAAGAGGGGAAGGAAGAUAAGACGCGAAGUAUUUAUCAAUAAUGGUAACCUGGGAAGUGAUCGAAAUCAAGCAACUAACACCAGUGAAGCUCUCGGGUCGGCUACGAUGUGGGUACCUGCCUCCUGGGGGGCUGAUUGGGGGAGGUGCUGGGUUGCGUGCGGCGAACAUCGGCAUACACUACCGAUACUCGACCCCGACGUGGGAAUUUCACUUCGUCUGUUGUUCGAUCAUCAUCACACACCAGAAAACCAAUCUCAGACCCGAGUUUAGUGGUUCGUGGUUCGUUUGAUGAUCCAAUCAUGGGUGACCCAAUGCAUUCUCGUAGUCCAAAUAGAGCAUUGUCAACUAGGCUCAGCAGAAGCACAAACGCGUGCGUGAGGUGCCGUAGGAGGAAACAACGAUGUGAUCUACGCUAUCCGAAAUGUUCAAGCUGCGAGACUGCACAAGUGCCUUGCUUGGCUUAUGAUAGCGAGAAACAGGCUGAGAUCCCACGUAAUUACGUGUCGAUCCUCGAGUCGGAAGUCAGGCAACUCAAGUCCGAGCUUGAGAAUUUGAGGAGACAGAGUGUAUCGACGACCAUCAUCUCUACCAGUCCAAUUCCGGCUGUUCAAGAUGAGCACCAAAGCGUCAGUUCACCUAUUGCCGCACCAACUGUGCAGUCAACUACAUCAGAUCCACAAGAAGUUGUCAAGUCAAUGGGUCUGGUUAUGCUCGACAGCGGUAGCCAGCCGAAAUUCAUGGGGACGAGCAGCGGCGUCACCUUUGCGAAGAUGGUUCUCGCGUGUGUGAAAACUGAUAUCACGAUCCCAUUGUCUCCAACCACUUCGAGGGGAUCGUAUCGGAUGACUGCACCGCCCCCUAUCAUCACAUCAUCACUGCCUCCUCGCCACGCAGCUCAGCACAUCUCAGAUGUGUACUUUCGAUACCGGACGCCACAUGUACCGAUACUGAUACGAUCGAAAGUGAAUGAUGUGCUAGGACGUGUGUACGGAGUAUUCGAAUCUCAUCGACCCGACUUCUCAGGAGUUGCGGAAGGAGACCUAUUCAUCGCCUAUAUGGUCUUUGCUGUUGGUCUAUGCAGCUUGCCAGUUGCAGGGGGGUCGAGGCCUCCCCAAAGCGAGGGCUGUUUCAACUCGGCUCUUCGAUGUGUUGACAAACUUCUCUCAUACUCGUCCAAUGACCUUGAUACCCUCACGGUGGUAUUGCUGUUAGCUCAGUAUAUCGCCUUAAAUCCCAGCAAAGGAAGUUUAUGGCAACUUACCGGUAUAGCUAUACGUCUAUGCAUUGACCUUGGCUUGCAUUGGGAAACGGAGGCCAUGCUUGCUCUGCCUCAAGCAGCCCUCAACGAGAGACGUAGACUUUUUUGGGCUGCUUAUCGAUUCGAUCGCCUUCUCGCGGUUACCCUUGGAAGACCUUUCGGCAUUGUUGAUCAGAGUAUCAGCGUCGGCUUCCCAGAGCCUUCUUCCGCGGAGAAUUCGAGCCCAACCGAAGUGCAUAGUCAACGAAUGGCCAAUCAUAUUAUUGACAUAUACAAGCUUGAGUCCGAAAUCAAACAUGUCCUGUACCAUCAGCUUCAGGGGCCAACAUUAGCAUACCCCCGCGCUGACUAUGCAUUGUGGUUUCGUGAUAUUCAGCCGCGACUCCGCGCUUGGAAGGACGAAAUACCUGACAUAUCUAAGGCGGAUCCCGAAAGCAUUUAUUCCCACCAAGUCUGGUGGGAUGCUAUGUGGCUCAACGCUGUCUUACUGCUCCAUCGACCAAACCCUCUAGUCCCGCAUCCCACAGCAGAAUCACUACAAACGUGUUUCGACGCGGCUUGCCAGUUAAUCAAAGCGAUCAAAACUUUGCAAAGAGAUGGGAGAAUCUGCGUCAUUUGGCAAACCGUACACGGCCUUUUUCUCGCGGGUUUGAUCAUGAUAUAUUGCAUUUGGGAAUCCGCGGAUGUACGUGACAAAGGGCGCAUUCUCGACAUCGUGACCACGGCGCAAGAUUGUGCGAGUACGCUCACGGCCUUAGCGGAGCGUUUCCCUGACGCCUGUGGCUGUAGGGACGCGUUUGAAUCCCUCUCAGCAGCAACUUUAAAAUGGCUGGUGGCGAGAGAUCAGGGAAACACUGCUUCCCAGCCAACACCAAGCGAGAUAAACGCGUUAAAACAGAAUAUGCCCUUCUCCACAGCGGCCUGGAGAGCCGAAGAACCUACUAGCAUCUUUCCAGAUGAGCCUUUCGAGUUCGCAGAAUAUCUUAUCGCGGCAUCGCAAUGGCCAGGUUCUAAUAACGAUGUCGGAAACUCAUUUAACUUGCAGGAUGUUUUUGAUUCUCCGAGCGCAGAUUUUGGAUGAAGUUUUAAGGUUCCGAUUAAACGCCACGGUAGCAUAUUUACUAUUUAGGGGUUUCAUUAAGAAAACUUUAUGGCAGAACGUCAAUGCCACACAAGGGUAAUGCCACAAACUACAGGGCUUCCAUAGCGGGCAUUGUCGAAAGCUCAGCGGUAACCCUACUAGCU